UUCCGGUUCAGAGGUCGCGCCUAUCAGCUGCUUAUGGAAGUUUCUAGCAGUAUCCUGUGAGCUGAUGGUUCUGUUGCAAUCUGCUUCCUCGAAUGUGUUCCUGCAGUAAUCGUGGUGAUGUUCGGAUGUUUAGUCGCCGGCAGACUGGUCCAGACGGACGCGCAGCAGGUCGCCUCUGAUAAGUUCGUCUUUACUCUGCCGGACUAUGAGAAGGUCAAUCAUGUGGUGGUGUUCAUGCUGGGCACGGUGCCCUUCCCAGUGGGCAUGGGUGGUGCUGUCUACUUCUCUUUCCCAGACCCUGCUGUCGGACAGGUGUGGCAGCUUUUAGGCUUCAUUACCAAUGAGAAACCCAGUGCCAUAUUCAGAAUCUCUGGUAUGAAAGCUGGUGAGGGUGGAGCUCAUCCGUUUGGCAUGAUGGCCGUCCCUCAGGCUCCGUCAGUGGCUCAGGUUGGAGUUUCUAUUGAAUCUUUGGACCUGCUUGCACAACAAACACCAGUCUCUACUUCAGCUGUCUCCAAAGUGGACUCCUUCACACAGUUCACGCAGAAGAUGCUGGAGAGCCUGUACAACUUCACCUCGUCUUUUGCGCUGUCCCAGUCGCAGAUGACACCGAACCCUUCAGAGAUGUUUGUUCCUGCGAGCUCCAUCCUCAAAUGGUAUGAAAACUUUCAGAGGCGAAUGAUGCAGAAUCCAAACUUCUGGAAGACGUGACUUACUGCCGUUGUGUUUUUAACAGUUUGAUCCACUACUUUAUGAAGAACAAUUUAUUUCAUUUAAUAUUCAGUUUUAAUUUCCAUGCAGAGUUUCACGUGGUCAAGGAAAUUUUUCUCAUGAAUAUUGCCUG